AUGGGCUCUGAGCGUUAUCCCGUCAAGCAUAAAGGCAUCUACCACAAUCUGCCAACCUUCGACCCAUCCAUCAAGGACCUCACAGCCAUCGUCACUGGCGCCAAUGGCAUUUCCGGCUUUCAUACCAUGCGGGUGCUGCUUGACAGCCCCGAGCGCUGGAGCAAAGUCUACGCCCUGUCGCGCCGCCCUCCUCCCAAGGAGAUGAUGGCUCUGCUUCCGGAGUCUCAGCGAGCACGCGUACAACAUGUGGCAGUCGAUUUUUUGGAGGACCCCAAGAAGAUUGCUGAUGCAAUGGCCUCAGCUGGUGUUAAAGCCGACUAUAUCUUCUUCUACUCUUACCUGCAGCCCAAACCUCCGCCAGGAACUGCCGUGUGGUCCAAUGCCGAUGAACUGGUCAAAGUGAACAGCGCGCUACUCGAUAAUUUUCUCCAGGCCCUCACACUCGCUAAGGUCACUCCCAAGCGGUUUUUGCUUCAAACUGGUGCCAAGAACUACGGCAUUCAUGUCGGUCGUGGCCGCACACCCGCUAUCGAAUCCGAUCCGCAACCGGCGCACCUGGAACCAAACUUCUACUACCCACAAGAGAAAUCGCUGUUUGAAUAUUGUAAAGCCAAUAACACCACGUGGAACGUCAUCCGCCCAGCUUGGAUCCUUGGCGCAGUCAACAACGCCCAGAUGAACGCCCUGCAUCCUUUCGCUCUGUAUGCCGCGGUCCAAGCUCAGAAGGGUGAACCUCUAUAUUUCCCGGGAGAUUGGGACACCUGGCAAUUCGAGUGUCACCAUUCUUCUGCUAUGUUGACGGGCUAUUUGUCCGAGUGGGCGGUGUUGGAGGACAAGUGCAAGAAUGAAGCCUUUAAUUCCCAGGACACAGGGCCGGUGAGCUGGGACCGCUUCUACGAAGAGUUGACACGUUGGUUUGGCGUUGAGAAGGGUGUGCACCCCCCCGAGGAGGAUCUGAGCAAGUUCCAUGAGAUCAAAGGAAGGGGUGGAAAGGAGUCUCCCAUGGGCUACGGCCCUCCUCCGACCUUUCGCGCCCUGUUUUCGCUUGUCGCCUGGGCUUCAGAACCUGCAAAUCAAGAGGCCUGGCAGCAGCUCAUGAAGGCUUCCGGAGGUCAGCUGACCGAUAACCCGUUCAAGGAUCCCCAAGCAAACUUUGAGUUUGGCGACGCCGCCUUCAUGAAGUUUGGGAGCUUAUGUAUGAACAAGGCUAGAAGAAUGGGCUGGACAGGCUUUGUCGAUACGAUCGAGGCUCUUUUUGAAAUGUACUCCGAGAUGGGCGACCUGGGAAUGGUACCUCGGAUGAAGGUUGAUAAACCCAAGCCUUUGGUGUAAGGCGGGCAGAUUGAUAUCCUUCUCCUUGCGUUGAUACGCUGGCUAUGUUGCAGUUUAGUUGUCUCUUACUAUCGUCUCAGCUGUUUGCCAUAAUCAGUUAGCAGCCUUUGCAGAGCUUCGAUUUGACUUAUAUUGAGGGCCGUUGUCUUGGGUGUUCACAGCUUCAGCGGACGGCUUGAAACGCCGUUCAUAGACUAGAUAUACAGCCAUAGAGCCAGUUCAACAAACG